CUUCUCCCCUUUAUAUAAUGGAAGGCAAUGGUCUAGAGUUGGUCAGUUCAAUAUAUCUAGUGGACCAGUAUAAUACUACAGGAUGGAUUUUAAAGUGGUUUUACUCCUUGUUUUCUCCUCUUCCUGUAUCCAGGUUGGGGAAUCUCAGACCAGGGGGAAAACUAUAAUUAUUCCCCUACCCAAGGAUGCAUCUGGAGCCGAUGUUUAUCCAGACUGUGACAAAGGAAAAGUUUGUUUGCCGGAACCUGGUCCUUGCUCCCGGAGACAGAGUAAGGUUGGAGCACUGCCCUUCCAGAAUAAAACCUAUUGGUUUAGCUGGCAAAGUAAUGAGAGAGUUCUCAGGGAAGGUCGAUGGAACUGGUUUACUGCUAGGAACUACUGUCGAAGGAUGUGUAUGGAUUUGGUUUCCUUUGAGAAUGAAGGUGAAUGGAACCUGGUUAAAGACUUUAUGAAAGGAGCUGGAGUUAAAGAUAUUUGGACAGCUGGCAGGCUUUGUGACGCAGAGGUAACAGGGUGUGAUGCUCCCCACUAUCAACCCUUGAAUAUAAAUGGCUGGUUCUGGGCGUCUACUCUGGUAAAGAUGUUACCAACUAACCGUCCUGUUGACGGGGUUUCAGUGAAAGGAGUAAACGAGUGGGCAAAGUUCGGAGACAAGGGACUACCUCAACCAGAUGGAUUUACUCCUCCAGGUGGACUAGGAGAAGAACCCUGUAUGGCUGUUAUUGACGGAGCUUGGCAUGAUUCUAACUGCCAGUUUCGAAGACAAGUUGUCUGCGAGGAUCUUCCUGAUAAUAAUAUUCAGUUUGUUAGGAAUAAUAAUCCUGGCAUCAAUAUACCUUAAACAUG